GCAGUAGCGAAGGUCAUGUGACGUACGACAGAAGCACAUUUCUCGUUCUCCGCUGAGCACGCACUCGGGGAUUGCGAUCGAUUAAAAAAAAAGAAAAAGAAAAAAUAAUAACGGCAAGAAAUCAUCGAAGGUGCAGCUGCUGAAUAUUCGUUGCUGUUGUUCCUGUCUUGUUAAUUGAAAUUGAAUAGAAAAUUUCAAAAAUGAAUGGUCAAAAAGGAUGAGCAGACACGUUGGAGUAAAAUCCGUGGAAAAUAGUCAAGUAAUUUUGAAGAGGAUUCAUGGUAGUGUUAAAUCUAUCAGCACCAUAUCCAUGACACAUUCUACUACAUCUUCGUCACGAUCCGAUCUUAACCUGGAUCAAACCACGAAAAAAGAAGAAUGCAAGGAGAACAUUUCGAACGUGCAGAGGGUAUGGACCAGUUUAUUAGCUGGUGCAACAGCCGGUGGUUUAGCAAAGACAGUUAUAGCACCAUUAGAUCGCACAAAGAUCAAUUUUCAAAUUUCGAAACGACCAUACUCGGCGAGAGCUGCUCUAGUUUUCCUAAUCAAUUCAUUUCAAAAAGAAGGACUAUUGAGUUUAUGGCGAGGUAACAGUGCAACGAUGGUUAGGAUUGUACCAUAUGCAGCCAUUCAAUUUACAGCUCAUGAACAAUGGAAGAGAAUACUUCAAGUCGAAAGUCCAGAAACAACUGUACCUAUAAAAAGGUUAUUGGCGGGUUCUUUAGCCGGUGUUACAUCACAGGGUUUAACUUAUCCACUUGAUCUCGUACGUGCUAGAAUGGCAGUGACCUUGAAAAGCGAGUACAAAACUUUAAGGCAAAUGUUUCGAAGGAUUUAUCAGGAGGAAGGUUUUAUUUCAUUUUAUCGUGGUUUUACACCAACGAUGUUAGGUGUUAUACCAUACGCUGGAACAAGUUUCUUCACUUAUGAUACUCUGAAGCAUCUAGUUGCUGAAUAUUCCCAUUACACAACGGGAAUCCCUGGAAUGACAACUGCCUUGUCACUUCUUUGUGGUGCAGUAGCUGGAGUAGUAGGACAAACAAGCAGUUAUCCUUUGGAUAUUGUAAGGAGAAGAAUGCAAACUUCAGCGGUGAAAAAUCAUCAUUAUCAGACGGUUACCUCGACCAUAGUUAAAAUAUAUACAGAAGAAGGAUUGAUGGCUUUUUUCAAAGGAUUAAGUAUGAAUUGGGUUAAGGGUCCAAUAGCGGUAGGCAUCAGUUUUGCAACUUACGACAGGAUACGUGAUAUUUUGCGAAAAAUUAUUUGCGGAACAAAUGUUUCGGAUUAAAAAUAGAUAUUGUGAUUAUAAUAAUAAUGAAGAAGACAAGAAAAGAGAGAUGAAGAAAUCAUCUUGUGUCAACUAUUGUUGAUUCGAGAACACUAAUUAAAAAUUCGAUCUCUUUCUCUUUGAAAGGAUAAUGAUCCUUUCAAAACUUACAUAGAUCAUUUCGUUGAUCACCUAUCUAUCAUCGAUUAAGAUUAACAAAGUCAUUGAUGAUAGAAAUAAAAAGUGAAUUUCAACUUUUUUCUUGUUAUUAACUCGAUAGAAAAAUAUAAUGCGAUAUAUUCGCACUCAUGUCGAUAUAAAGAAGAAAAAGAUAUAA